UUUAAGGUCAUGUACGCGAUAUACCUUCAGCGUUACUAGCUUCAUUAACAGCACGGUAGUGAUAGGGUGUGUCUUUGAACUGCGCGCCUAAAAGUAUGCAAUUAUCUCAAGCUACUCACAAUAAGGCUUGAGAGGUUUCCCAACGGGGUUGAUGAACGAGACUCGUGGACAAGUUGUUAAAAAGGAGUCUCUGAAACACCUCCCGGAAUACAAAGAAAACACACCAAAAAUAGUGAUUGCAUACUUUCAGGCGUUGUGAACCUAGCACUAAUCGGGCGCAUUGUGAAGACACCGCAUUCAACACCUCUCCCACAGUUUAUCGAACCUUGUAAUCAGUCACUAUUCAACGCCUUUUGCCCAUCAGGAUUCUUUGAGUUGUGUACGACGGAAGGACCGCUCGAUACCGGUUAUGUUCGCAACCGAUUACUGAAUCCGAAAUUAAUAAUCCUUAUGGUUCCGACCAGCACCAGCAACCCAACCCACCGCGAUGGUUGGGCGUGUGUGCGUACGUGUAUGGUGCAGGACAUCGCAUGUGCGAUGUCAUGCCAGGAUAACGCUAUUGUUAAUACGAUGAAUAUGUCGUUUGGCGUUGCGAUGAAACGAGAUAGAUAAGACCCCACACACACACACACACACAUACGUGUGCCCGCGAGGGCAUGCCUUGGGUGUCGAGCUUAAGGAGCACUCGUUAGGCUAAGGUCGCUCAGUCGCUAAUCGGACGUGAAACGAAGCUGCCGUUGCCGAUGGUUCAUCCUCGAGCGUUCCUGCAGAACAUCGUACGGCGCCCACCAAGACGACACGCGAAUGGUGUUCGUACAGUGAUGACUACCGGUAUGGGAUGCUCAUCGUCCGUUGUGCUGGAGGAAUCGGUUCCCCAUCCAACCACACCGGUGGUGGACACCGAUGGAGAAGCACGGCUUCCAUCUUCGCUCGUACCGAACCAUCCCGAGCCGUUAGUGGACGCGUACCGACGGUUAGACGAAGAAAUCUGUGUCCUGGAAAGUACAACACCCGGGCCAAGGCUUAUGACGGCGGAGGCGUGGGUAGAGUUGCUGAAAAGUGCCAAGAGCUCUGGGAGCGUUCAGAGUGACGUCCCGAUACCGCCACCGCCAUCACCACCACCACCACCGCUUCCAAAUGAGGUCCUGCCCAAUGGAAGUAUUCCGAGCGGAGUGCCCGGAGGUGCUCUAAAACCGCCACUAUCGCCGGACAGUGCUUCCGAAAAUGCACGCAAAGAGAUGGUCAAGGUCCGUGAAAUCCUCCUCAAGCUGGACAUCGUGUCCAAUCAGUACAAGGCGGCACAGCAGGAAGAGUUCAUCGCUCGGCUUUCCCGCACGGCCAUGGAGCAGGAAGCGGAUCACUUUCGUGAGGAGAUGAUCGUACACUCCCGCAAGCGUGCUCUCGCCCUGCGGACAGCGUUCGAGCGGCUAAAGCGCUUGUACCUCGAACAGGAUCGUCUGCUAGCGUCAGUGUACAACGGUGCGUACGGUACGGUGCACGAGCAGAAGCUUGAUGCCGAGCUGGAUGCGGCACGCGAUGUGCGAGAUCGGCUCGGUGGAGCCGUGGAACAGUGGCGUAUUGCUGGCGGGUUGCUACGGGCAGCCGCGAAAGGACUACAACAGGUAGUGGACUACUGGGAGCUGAUACGCCCUUCAAAAAGCGCGGAGGAAACGAUCACGCUAGCCCUAGACGCACGAUCCACCUGUCACGGUGCGCUGAUGGCACUGGAAGCCGCACAGGCAGCCCUGCCAGCGGUCGAGAUUCCGUACAUUACCAUCCGGCAGCAGUCCGCCGUACGGCACGCACUGAUCUACCUCCUCACGGACAUGGUGAAUCCGGCCCGGUACCAGCAUACGCGCGAUGUGUUCGGUGUGUUUAGUGCGAACGUUACGAAAGCGGUCCACUGGCUGCACGAAUGCUACAACGAAACGCUCCGGCAGGACUUUGACGGUGCCGAUCAGGCAGCGACACUGCUGGCGAAGCAUCUGCGUGAAGAGCGGUUGCGGUACAUUGUGGCCAAGGUGCCGCCUAGCAGAAGCUACAUACGACCCGCAAUCGGAUAGAGCUGGAGUGAUGGAAGAAGCAACG